CACCUCCGCACCUCGAAACCGACACUGUUCUCUGUGAAGCUUCUUUAAUUUUCUCUCACUUCUCACUUCUCUCGGUGCGUGAGGAGAAACGAAGAUAAAAGUAGAGCUAAACCGAGGUAGUGCUAGUUGAAUCUUCCCGUAAUGAAGGCGCUACAGCAGCAUGGGCUUCCUCCUGGAUUGGUGGCAAAAUAUCGUGAUGGAAAAGCAAAUAAAAGAACGAAUUUUUCCGUUAUACCGAUGCGAUCAAGUAGAAGUUAUAAGAUCAAAAUCUCAAAAAAUUUCUAUCACUAUGCAAAUCUUACGCAGUUAUCUCUAACUGCAUGUAGAAAACGCGCCAUCUCUGUCGCCAACAGUCGGUCCUUUUCUGAAUGUGGUUUGAGUUCAGAUGAUACUGAUAAAGAGUUCGACCAGAGUAAUGGCCAUCAUUCGGAUAGUAUUAAGGAGGCUGUGGUUAACUCAGUUGAGGAUCAUAUCAGUGGGCAGCAUUCACAGAGUGUUAUAAAUGAGCUCUUAGCUCUUUCCUUGCCAGCUAUUCUUGGACAAGCUAUUGAUCCCUUGGCUCAACUGAUGGAGACAGCAUAUGUUGGUAGAUUAGGUCCUGUGGAGUUGGCUUCGGCUGCUGUUGCGGUGUCAAUCUUCAACAUCGUAUCAAAGCUUUUCAAUAUUCCACUUUUGAACAUCACUACCUCAUUUGUGGCGGAAGACAUUUCAAAAAAUUAUAGCAGAACGCUUAUUUCUGAUAACGGUUCUUGGAAAGAGAAAUUGCAGGAUAAGCGAAUAUCUGGUGACAGUGCAGAAAAAAUGAGACUACCCUCUGUCUCAUCUGCUUUACUAUUGGCGGCUGGAAUUGGUCUGAUUGAAGCCUUGGCUUUAUUUCUGGGAUCUGGAAUGUUUCUCAACAUAAUGGGCAUACCACCAGCCUCACCUAUGCGCUACCCAGCUCAAGUGUUUCUAUCAUUGAGAGCACUAGGUGCUCCUGCAGUUGUAGUUUCUUUGGCAGUUCAAGGUGUCUUCCGUGGAUUCAAGGAUACAAAGACUCCUGUACUUUAUGUAGGUUUGGGCAAUCUUUCAGCUGUAGUUCUACUUCCUGUACUUGUUUACUCUUUCCAUCUUGGAGUGACUGGAGCUGCUCUUGCAACUGUCACAUCGCAGUACAUUACUACGUUUUUACUUCUUUGGUCUCUGAGUAAAAGGGCUGUCAUACUGCCGCCAAAGAUUGAAGAUCUACAAUUUGGCGGGUAUAUAAAAUCUGGGGGCAUGCUGUUAGGGAGAACAAUGUCAGUUCUUAUAACAACGACGCUCGGCACAUCAAUGGCUGCGCGACAAGGCCCACUAGCUAUGGCUGCUCAUCAAAUAUGUUUGCAAGUUUGGCUGGCUGUAUCCUUGCUUUCAGAUGCAUUGGCUGUUUCUGCCCAGGCGUUGGUUGCAAGUUCAUUGGCCAAAUUUGACUACAAAAAGGUGAAGGCAGUGACAUACUAUGUCUUAAAGACUGGAGUGCUUGCUGGUAUAGCUUUGGGCGUUGGCCUGGCUGCCUCUUUUGGCAAUUUAGCACGACUGUUCACUAAAGAUCCUGGGGUACUUCAGAUUGUUAAGACCGGCGUACUGUUUGUCAGCGCCAGCCAGCCAAUCAAUGCUCUUGCUUUUAUCUUUGAUGGUCUUCAUUAUGGUGUGUCAGAUUUCUCCUAUUCUGCUUACUCUAUGAUGGUUGUUGGUGCAAUAUCUUCUUUAUUUUUGCUAUAUGCUCCCUCCACUUUUGGCCUUGGGGGAGUUUGGGCUGGCUUAACCCUGUUCAUGAGCUUGCGCAUGGCUGCGGGAUUUUUGAGGUUGCGAUGGAAAGCAGGCCCAUGGUGGUUUUUGUAUCAGGAAGAACCGAAAGCUGAGCUUGCUCACAGUUCGGAUUACUCCUUGCCUGUUGGAGCUGACAAGGGGUUGGAAGCCGAGGAGAAGGGUGAAUCCGAUGAGUUGGAGUAUGACUACGCAAUCACUGACGAGUGACACAGCGAACCGCUAAGAAGAGAGCUAACAAUAUUUUCUGGAGGAUGAGCACAAAUUCUUUCACAUGUUUUCGCAACAUCAAUGUAAGGAAUUGGAUUACUAGUCAUGCAUAAUUGAUUAGGUUUUACUGUACAGGGAAUAGUAUAGUGAUUUCAUGAUUUGUUUUCUCCAGUUGGAUAUGUCACAAGUUGCUCAAUGAAACCAUAUUAAUAGGGAUUGUAGCAAAUUUUUCUGAUGUGAUGCAAGUGCACUAUAAAGGCCAUAUUGUAAGUGGGCUUUAUAUAGAAGAUAGUUUUUUUUUUUUUUUUAAA